CAAAAUAUCUCCGAACAAACGGCAUCAAGCAUUGGCACCAUUAUCUCCUCUUUUCUCUUUUUUCCUUCGGAAAACAAAAGAAAACGAAAAAAGAAGAAAAUGGGGUCUCUCUGUUGUUCAUCCCUGAUUCUAUUAUUUUCUCUUUGGGUUACUCUAAUCGCACCCACACAUUCAAUCGACUGUUCGUCGCUGAAAGUCCCCGGAGGCAAAAAACAAUACUCCAACUGCACGGAGCUCCCAACCCUGAACUCAACCCUUCAUUUCAUCUACAAUGCCACCAACUCCUCUCUUUCCAUCGCCUUCUCCGCAGCUCCGUCCAACACCAACGGUUGGAUCGCUUGGGCCAUCAAUCCCGUUGCUACAGGCAUGGCAGGUUCACAAGCCCUCCUUGCCUUCAAAAACAAAAGCUCCAUGGUUGUUAAAACCUACAACAUAAGCUCCUACAGCUCUAUUGUCGAAGGAAACCUAUCUUUCGAUGUUUGGGACCUGGAAGCCGAGGCUGGCGAUGAUGGGAAAAUGGUUAUAUAUGGUUCCUUGAAGGUUCCGGCCAGUGCCGAGAAGCUGAACCAGGUUUGGCAAGUCGGACCAGGGGUUACUACCGAUGGUCACCCGAUGAAGCAUGAGUUUGCUAAAGACAAUCUGGCUUCUAUGGGAGAGUUGAAGUUGGUGGAGAAAAUAAAUUCCGGCGCCUCAUCCCCUGCACCGUCAUCACAAGGAGCUAAUAAUAAUUCGAGUGAUGGGUCUGUUAGGGGAAUAAAUGCUGGAUUGUUGAUCUUGGGUUUGGUUUCCUUGCUUGUUUGAUGUGAUUUUAAGGAGUACAGUAAUAAAAAAAAAAUAUAUUCUAUUAUAAAAAUAGAUAUUGAAUGAUUUUAGUUGCAACUAUUUAUUGCCUGUCGUCUUUUUGCUUUCACUAGUAUUAUGUCAUUUUUACCUGUAAUCAUUUUUCUAGAGAUGAAUUGGAAUUACCUACCUAUCAUAAAAAAAUAGUGACAUUUUUUUACUUUUAACAUAUAAUAAUUUUUUUUCACCAAUUGAGGUUGUGCAUGAAGCCCUGGUGGGUAUACUGUAAAAUUAGCGUCGUUCAGAAUUAAAUAAUUGUCCUUUCUUUCUCUUUUGCAAAGAAUUAGCAGCAGCAGUAGUAUUUUUUCAAGGAGACAUACAAUUGGAUUUUUACAGGAA